AUGCGACAUGGUGUCUGCUGCCGCAAUGUGUUUGAUCCCGUUUUUAUGCGUCGAGUAAAGCGGACACUAGCGUCGUACAAGGAAGCCAUGGACCACUCCGCAAGAAAGGGCAUGUCUCGCGAGGCUUUCGUUGACAUAGGUGAGAAAGGCCCGGCGUGGUACCUGGGGCACAUGCAACUUGCUUCUCAGUCCUUAACGGAGAAGGUGAAGGAUGCGGAUUUUGUGCUGGAAAUACGAGAUGCACGACUGCCCUUUUCGACGGAAAAUCCCAACCUGCGAAAGAUCAUUUCCGGACAGCCGAGGCUCAUUGUCUUCAACAAGGCAGAGAUGGCUAAUGAAGAUUGCAACCGCACCAUACAACAGUACUACGAGAAGACAGGCAGCUUUGCUCUCUUCACGAGUGCUAAGAGGAGUUGGAGGGACACAGUAGAAGCUGUGCAGCGAUUUGUGACACAUAUUUUACCCGCGCAACAUUUUAAGACGACUGCGCAUGUUGGACUCGUGGUUGGGAUGCCCAAUGUAGGUAAAUCGACCCUCAUCAACUCUUUACGAUUGGCACAUGAGUAUCAGUUUCAUCGUGAGGAUUUUCGACGUCCUCGCACGCCGGAAGCUGUGAGUAUUUCUCCGGGCACAACGAAAGGUAUGAAGCUCGUCCCUGUGUGUCGUGAUCCUAACAUUGUCCUCUACGACUCCCCUGGCCUGACGCUCCCAGGGUGUUUUUCAAAGGAGGCGGGUUUAAAGUUGGCGGCGUGUGGCAUUAUACCCACAAAUGACAUCACGCUCCCUCGUAGUGUUGUGGCGCGGUACAUUUACGACGUACUUACAGCUGCAGGAAUCGCUGAGCACAUGGCGGAGUGCUUGCACCUCCCGCGCGCCCCAAUCAGCUUUGACGAUUGUAUUGCAAUGAUAUGUGAGCGCAGUGGAACCAGUGGGCAGACUGAUUUGGGUAAUAUAGAUCCUGUACGGGCGCAGAUGUUUUUGAUACACGAUUUCCAGAUGGGAAAUAUGGGCCGAAUCACAUUGGAUCGUCUGCCAAGUAAAGUGCGGCGGCAGUUGGCAAGGAAUGAACAAUAUCAACUAGGUGACGCCAGAGAUGCGAAUAAGGAAAAUGGUGCUGAAAAUAAUGAGUUUCUCUGGACCCACCACGUGAAGGCCUCAGAUGUGGUGGCUCGCUAUUCUGACGAUAUGCGAGAUGUCAUGGGGGAGCUGCAAGGAGGAAUGUCGACCCAAACCAUGGCGUCUCAUUCACGUCCACCGAGAGACAGCACUGUCAUCAGUCGCAUGAAGGGGCCGAUCAGUCGGGUAAGUGCGCAUGACGAGAGUUUUCGACAGAAUACCCGCAUUGCUCCAGGGCGCUAA